GGCCCGGUCCUAGAUUUCGUUAUAUAUAUGAGAGAGCAGUGACAACCCCUGAGGUUGCAGUGCAUCACCAACAGCUAGCCACAUCGGAUUCCAGCUAAUUCCAUAGCUUCGUCUCAGCAGCAGCUCCCAAGUUUUCAGCUGUUCCUGUUCUUUGGGAGAAGGGUGGGUUCCCACUCCGAGACCAUCACCAGGGCGAGUGUUCAGUUUAUGGGAUUGUACCGCAACGAAUGGGCUGAAGCUCUUGGCAUCGAGAUCUCCAGCCCGAGGACGAAGGACGGCGCCAUGGUGGUGAACAGAGUCUCCCCUCUGUGGGAUGACCAGGAGAAGCUCUGCUUCCCCAAGGGCAAACUGCUCCCGUCACUCAGCUUCAAGCUGUGGGAGGCGGAGGCGGCGGUGGCUUCGAUAGUGGACCGCGGCAGCAGGCCGAGCCAGAUCAACGCCGACGACGGCGGCGAGGUGGUGUUCAUGGCGUCGCCGCCGUCGCCGAGCCCCCGCGUCUCCCCCAGCCCCAAGUGCGAGCUCGACGCCGCGGCGGUGAAGCUGCAGAAGGUGUACAAGAGCUACCGCACGCGGAGGAACCUCGCCGACUGCGCCGUCGUCGUCGAGGAGCUGUGGUGGAAGGCGCUCGACUUCGCGUCCCUCAAGCACAGCUCCGUCUCCUUCUUCAACGGCGGCAAGCCCGAGACGGCGGCGUCGCGGUGGGCGCGCGCCAGGACGAGGGUGGCCAAGCUUGGCAAGGGUCUGUCGAAGAACGGCAAGGCGCAGAAGCUGGCGAGGCAGCACUGGCUCGAAGCUAUUGACCCGAGGCAUCGGUAUGGGCACAAUUUGCAUAUCUAUUAUGAUGUCUGGUCCAAGAGCGAGAGUACAGAACCCUUCUUUUAUUGGUUGGACAUUGGGGAAGGCAAAGAAGUAAACCUUGAGAAAUGCCCUAGGAGUAAACUUCAGAGCCAGUGCAUCAAGUACCUUGGACCGAAAGAAAGACAAGAGUAUGAAGUUGUAGUGGAGAGUGGAAAACUAGCGUACAAGAAAAAUGGAGCUUUUGUUCAAACUUUGGAUGAUUCCAAGUGGAUUUUCGUCCUCAGCACCACCAAGGCGCUCUAUGUUGGACAGAAGAAGAAAGGAUCAUUUCAGCACUCGAGUUUCCUAGCUGGUGGGGCCAUAACAUCUGCCGGAAGAUUGGUCGUCAAAGAAGGAAUCCUCAAGGCCAUAUGGCCGUACAGCGGCCACUACCUUCCAACUGAAGAGAACUUCAGAGAGUUCAUCCGGUACCUUGAGGAGAACGGCGUCGACCUCACCGACGUCAAGGUAAAUAAAUCCCCAAUCGACAAAGACGACGAGUACCCCUUGCUGAGCAAACCUGACACUCAGCCCAACGCCACUGUGUCCGACGACACCAACGGGACAGAUCACGCCACGGCGGCCGCAGCUGCCGAUGAGCAGAUGAGUGAGUCCGAGGUGGUCGACGGCGAUGUUCGCCGGACAACCGACGACGGAAACAUGAGUGAAGCAGAGGAGGACGACGCUGACAUCCACUCUCACACUGACACCGAACAAGAGGCGCACAGUUCAGAGCAGCCGCCGGCGAACGGUGAUGCUUCUGAGCACGGCAAGAACCACCUGAUGUGCCGGUGGUCGACGGGAACGGGCCCACGCAUCCGGUGCGUUCGUGACUACCCGCAGGACCUCCAGUCCAGGGCGCUGGAGCACGUUAACCUCUCGCCGAGGCUCAGCGGCUCGCCGUCAAGGAAGAGGGACCCGGUGCCGUCGCCUAGGCCGAGCCCGGCGAUGAUCCUGUCGCCGAGGCUAGCGUCCGUGGGGUUCCAGCCUCAGACGACGGUGUCACUCACUCUGCCCGACUUCAAGAGGAGCAGGUUGCAGUGAGUGAACAACCAUUCAGUUCUCGUUUCAUUGAUCAGAACAAUAACUGGUCAGAUUGUUUACUGACAGGCCAGUGAUUGUUUUGCUGCUAGCUAGGUUAGUUAGCAUAUUUCUUCAUUUUUUUUUCUGUUCAUUGUCUACCUAAUUGUACAAUUUUGUCAGUUUGUAGAUACCAUUUGUGAUUCUUUUGUUAGAUGUAUGCACAGAGUGCAUGUACAUUACUUAAUUAAAAGGAAAGCAAGACAGGGCAAUUUUUUUAUCUGAA